ACCUUACAUUUAACGCUAGCGCCCUCAAUCGACAGCUAGACGACGAUGACAGACCAUGCCGACGGUCCGCUGGCUGGCUUUAGUCCUGUGAUUUGGUGAGCGAAAUUCUGGUGGUGAACUGCGGACAACGGAGUCCUGUCCUGAUCCUGUGUGGAAUCAGCUGAUUCUGAAUUGAUCAAGUUGACUGAAAUAAGGGUGUCCAUCUGCUUUUUGACAACGACGACCACAAAUUGACAUCCAUUGUGGCAUCUCGUGAAUCAGAUCCAAUCACUGAGGAACCUGAGGAAGAUCAACAUAUCCAGUGUGAUGAUGCUUUCAUAAUUUUGAGUGUGCCGCAAACAAGAUAGAUGGUUAUCAUACUUGAUGUAAAUGUCAGUCAUAACAGUUUCAGGAACGUGGAGACGCAAGUAAAAACAUUCUGUGCAACAAAUUCUUCUCAUCAAGCUUGAAGCUAAAUUGUCUCCAGAGGGUCCACACUGAGAGUUCAUCUGCUCUUUGGCAUCAGCGACAAUAUUGACUCCCGCUGUGGCAUCCCGUGAAUCAGAUCGAAUCACUGAGAGACGUGAGGAAGCUCAACAUAUCCGGCCGAUGUGAUGAUGUUUUCAGGAUCCUCGGCAUGCUGCAAACAUUAGAUUGAUGGUUGUAAUGCUUGAUGUAAUGGUCAGCCAUCAGAACUUGAAGACGCAAUAAAAAACAUUUGUUUUUCUCUGCAACAAAAAGUAGAUGUAAUUUUCAGUCAUCAAAAUAAGAGCUGUAGAAACGUGGAGACGCAAGUGGUCUUUGUAACAAAUUCUCCUUAUCAAGCUUGAAGCUAAACUGUCACCAGAGGGUCCAUUAUAAGUGAGAAACUGUUUUCUUAUGAGACUUAAUCGUAAGCCCACUGAGCGACGAAAUCUACACUUUCACAACACACUGCAUGUACAUGUUACUAAGACUGUUAUAAAUACAUGUACUGUACCUCAGCCCUUCUGAACAACGGAGUCCAACCAUGAACAAGAGGGUUGACAGUGGUGAAGUAAAACCAUUUGUUUGUAAGACCUGCGGUAAGGCCUUAUCUUGUGAAGGUAAACUACAGGCACAUGAAAAGGUACAUAGUGGAGAAAAACCAUUCUUGGGUGAAAUCUGUGGUAAAGCAUUUUCAGGUGGAGGUAGUCGAACCAGGCAUGAACGGACGCAAACCAGUGAGAAGCGAUUCAUUUGUAAGACAUGUGGUAAAGCCUUUCCUAAAAAAUGUAAACUUCGGGCACAUGCAAGGGUGCAUACUGGAGACAAACCAUUUGUUUGUUCAAGCUGCGGUAAAGCCUUUUUUAAUCGAUGCCUUCGAAACAGACAUGAAAAGAUUCACGACAAGACGUUUAUUUGUGAAACCUGUGGAAAAGCCUAUCCUAGCAAAAGUAAACUUCGGGUACAUGCAAAAGUGCAUACUGGAGAAAAACCAUUUGUUUGUGCAAGCUGUGGUAAAGCCUUUUAUGAACGAUGGAGUCGAAACAAACAUGAAAUGACGCACAACGGCGAGAAGCCAUUUAUUUGUGAGACCUGUGGUAAAGCCUUUUCUAUCGCAAGCAAUCUAAACAGACAUGAAAAAAUUCACAAAAAUGAGAAACCAUUUGUUUGUCAGACCUGUGGUAAAGCCUUUUCUGAGCAAUCUAAUCAAAACGUACAUGAACGGAUGCACACCGGUGAGAAGCCAUUUGUUUGCGAGACAUGUAGUAAAGCAUUUUCUAACGCAAGUAAUCUACGUAGGCAUGAAAGGAUACACUCUGGUAAUAGACCAUUUAUUUGUAAGACCUGUGGUAAAGCCUUUUCUCAACUAUGCGUUCUGAACGUACAUGAAAGAAUGCAUACCGGUGAUAAACCAUUUGUCUGUGUGACCUGCGAUAAGGCAUUUUCUCAAUCAUGGCAUCUGAAAGUACAUGAAAGAACGCACACGGGCGAUAAACCAUUUGUUUGUGAGACCUGCGGUAAGGCAUUUUCAGAGAGCGGUUAUUUGAAAGUGCAUGGAAGGACGCACACCGGUGAGAAACCCUUUGUAUGUGAGACCUGUGGCGCGAACUUUUCUGCGCGACAUAGUCUAAUUACACAUAUCAGGUUGCACACCGGUGAGAAGCCAUUUAUUUGUGGGUCCUGUGGUAAAGCCUUUUCUAAUCAAGGUAAUCUACAUGCACAUAAAAGAAUACACAGCAAUGAGAAACCAUUUGUUUGCGAGACAUGUGGUAAAGCCUUUUCCGAGAAAUGUAAUCUAAAAGUACAUGAAAGAAGGCACACCGGUGAGAAACCAUUUGUUUGUGAGACCUGUGGUAAAGCCUUUUUUGUAAAAGGUCAUUUACAGAGACAUGAAAGAACCCACACCAAUGAGAAACCAUUCGUUUGUCAGACCUGUAGUAAAGCCUUUUCUGGUAAAUGUGCUCUAAAAGUACAUGAACGGAUACACACCGGGGAUAAACCAUUUAUUUGUGAGACCUGUGGUAAAGGCUUUAAUGUCGGAGGCAAUCUGAAAAAACAUGAAAGAAAAAUGCACACGAUUGAGAAACCAUUGGCUUGUCCUUUUGUGGUGGUAAAGUCUUUUCAAAUCAAUAUCAUCUAAGCAGAGAUGAAAUGAUGCACAAUCUGCGACACGUGUGUUUAAGUCUUAAUUCGCAAAGGCGAUCUAAAUAGACAUGAAAGAAUGAACACCGGUGAGAAACCGGAGACGUUGGGUGAACCCCUUUUCUGGCCGAGGCAGGCGAAACAGGCAUUAAAGGAUACACAUCUGUGCGAAAACAUGCUUUUGUGAGAUGCAAACGAAAUUCCCUAUGCCAACAGAAAGGUGAAAACUACAUUAUGCCUGUUUGUAAUUGUAUAUAAUAAUUGUAUUUACAAUGAAUUAUGUUUUCUAGUUGUUAUACUUAUUGUAAUGCAGUGUCUCAUGUUGUAAUUUUCUGUCCAACCUGCUUUGGCCAAAAUGUUCGGUUUGGUUAUGGCAGGAUAUAAUAAAUGUUUUGUUUUUGUUAUUCCUAUUACCCAUGGAUUUAUUUCUAACUCGUCUGUUCACGAUCACAUUCCUAACUCAUGAAAUAGGUCUGAGACCUAAUGACGUCACCCUUUGUUUAAAUGUGCGCUUUCCCAUGUGGUAAACGGUCCCUACUUCGUCUGGCGUCCCAACUUCGCUCCCAUAGGAAAGCGCAUAUGUGAACAAAGCCAUUGCGUCAUUAGGUCUCGGGUCUAUUGAAACGAUCCACGCCAAAGUGGACAUGGCUGAAAGUAUAGUAAAAGUGCUCUCAGAUAUUUUUCCUCUUCAAUAUUAUUCCAAACACAUGCAGGGAUCAGGAUAUAAACUCAUCUGGCUGUUUGCCGUUACUGUAUGGGUAGUACGUGGUCUAUACAAACAUGAAGGGUGCACAUCGUACUGCUGAAACACCUUUCAUUCAUCGGACCUAUGGAAAACCCUUUCUGAACUAGAAUUUUUUUUCUGAUUAAACAAAAGGUUAACACUAGCGACAAUUUGUUUUAUGUAAUUCGAGCGAUUCAAAAUGCAGUGAGCCACCAAGAGUUUACCAUGGAGAGUCAAUUUUUCAAGCCUCGGUCGACAGUACAAAACAUGUCCCAAUUGAACGAGUGUCAGUAAACAACCUAUUGGAGCAAAGCGUACAUUCUGCCGCCUUACAAAAACACCAUAUUUGAUAACAAGAAAAGAAAAGGGCAAACAUAUACUCGAAGCAUACGCUUACGAAACUAUACUGGCCGGAAAAAAACUAACAAUUUCAAACGUCCCGCGCUGCGAAGUUGUCGACCAUCUCCCACAAUGCACUGGGAAAAUGAACUCUCCGUGAAACUCUCUGUGAAUCGCCCAAAUUGUGUGUUGGCUUGUUUUCCAACUUGCUGCAUCUUAUUGCAUUGCUGUUUUUCAUGGUGUAAAUUUGUUGUUCUUUAAACAACAAAUGCAAUUUUUUUUUAAAUAAAUGUAUCAAAUGCAAUGUAUUUUUCUGAUUAAAUAUAAUCAUUGCAAAUGCACCUUGUUAAUUUUAACAUCAUUUUCUUAUUGUUAAAUGCAACCGUUGCAAAUGCACCUUUGUGUUAAUUUUAACCUCAUUUUGAAGUAUUGUUUUGCAAUUUUCAAGGGUAUUUUUGGUGCCCUUUUGGUUUUGAUGUUAAAGCGAAUGUCAUUUUGUAAAUACUUUUCGUUAAGGCCUAUGCAGUGUAUUUGUUUUCAUAUUAAAUACAAUCAUUUAAGAUGGACCACAUUGUCUCCAUUUAAACCUUA